AUGUUCAAUUUCUUCGGCCUCAGGCGCCAACAGGCGCACACUACCACGGGAGUUGGACAUACGAAUCGCGAGUUUGGUCAAAUGGAAGACGCGAUCAACCGCAUUGCAGAAGAAUCUGACCAAUCUGAGGAGGAUACCGUUCUUGUCGGAACCAGAUCGGACCACCCUGACCGUUCCUCACCCUCUGAAUCUCCAGUUUUGCCUCAGGAACAAUCUACGAGCCAAUCACAGACUACGACAGGUGCGCUCCAACUGCCAACAUCGGAAUCUCGCACAAUUGAGGAAGUUGCAGGCGGAAAUGCAGCCAACAUAUCAUUGCCGCCUUCCUACCAAGACGUCACGAACCCCAGACUGUGGAAGGUGACUCUCAAGUUCAGUACAGGUGACCUUUUCCAAGGAGACCAUCCUGUCGUUGAUGCAGAGACAGGCUGGCUCGGCAGUCUCGUCAUUAGGACUGCAGAUAUCGUCGAAUUGAUGCAAGAGGGACUGUUCCUAAGUCAGGAAAACGUGAAGGUGCAGGAGAGUUACGUCACACCUACCUACUGUCAAGUGUCCAAGGGGUGGUGCUGGGACCGUUACUUCACUCUAGUCGAUCCAAAAUGGUCAGGCAAGAUGCUCGUUCGGGCAAUGAAUUCGAGAGUGCCCUCAAAAUUUCGCAUAGAACACCUCACGGCAGAUCAUGUAUACACUGCCGAAGUUGUUGAUGCCGUCAAGACGAAUAACUGGUACUAUAGUUUCAAGUGGGAUGCCCCAGAAUCCAACGCAAAUUACAUACUAGAGGAUACGAUGAUGGAGGGAUUGUGGCCAUGGCCUCGGAAGGGCCUAGAGUCUGAGGGGGGAACUCAGGAAGAGGACGGAAAGUCUGAGGACGAGGAAAUGGAAAUCUGA